UGCAUCUUAUUUGAUUCAGGCUGCAGGUGGUAUGCACUGCUCAAACUGCACUACCGAGCGUCUCUGAUAUAUCGAUCCCGGUUCGUCGACCUUUUAGUUCCGAUUCUUGUUAUAUUGGUCCCUGAACGUACCACCACUAGUACUUUGUACCAUCAUUCUGGUCAUCGCCUUCUUGUCACGACAUAUUUGACCGACUGUCCUCCUUGACCUGGCACCUGGAUGCAGGGUCGCCUGACACUUCUGGUCUGAAAUACCUGUUCUUCUUUCUUGAGUUGCGGCCCUGAAGCACGUCGCCGACUUACCACCGAGGUCACUGCAACAUGUUUCAUACCUUCCAGUCGUCCGUGGGAAUGCGGUCACCCGGAGCAGACAGUGACAGCGCGGGGAAACCAUCACGCCCACCAGGCUCACGACGCAUAUCAACCAGCAACGCAUGUGUCGAAUGCAGACGACGCAAGAUUCGAUGUGACGGUUCACAACCUUGUGGACAGUGCCAAUGGUAUCAACACCCUGAGGCAUGUGGCUAUUCGAAGCCUGCACAACGAGUUGUGCCUAGCAGAAAACUAGUCGACAAGCUUUCCAACAAUAUUGAACAGUACAAGACCAUCCUCACAAAGUUGUAUGGAGUAAAGAACCUGGAGUCGCUGGCUAGUCUCCCACGCGAGGAACUGCUAGAACUAGCUCUCUCCUCCAGUGCGAUUCACUCAACGACAUCGCCGUCGGCGGCCGACUCGCAAACGCUAUCGGACGUGCAGGUUGGAUCUGAUGGAGCCGAAAGCUUGGAAGCGCUCGAGCAGGCUCCGCCUGAAGAUCCUUACUGGGACGAGGCACGGAAGCACCAGCUCCGUGUCCAAGGCAUCUCCGACGAUGUAAAUGGACUAUCAAUGUCCGUCGACCGCCUAUCCUCUUAUGUUGGCAUCUCUUCUAUCACAGCGGCACUAAAGGUUAUUGUACGAUGUGCACCCCAGACGCGUUCGCUCAUCGCACACAACAGCCAGGAGACUGCGCUACCAAGCCGCGCAGGCUCUCCGCCACCGGAGUUAGCAGACAGCAGGCCAGAUGCCUUACCGUCUCCCGAGCAUGGUCAAGAGCUGAUUGAAAGCUAUUUUGACCGCGUGCAUCCUUUCUGUCCUAUGAUCGAUGAGCGAAAGUUUUGGUCCACGUUCUUGUACGGCAACCGCAAGGACUCAGCAUGGCUGGCGCUACUGAACAUGGUCUUUGCAUUGGGGUCGCUUGCCUCUCUAGCUGCAGACAACGAAGCACACUAUGUCUACUUCAAUCGAUCUCGGCAGCACCUGUCUCUGGAGUCGUUCGGAAGUGGCAACCUAGAAGUUCUUCAGGCUCUAGCCAUUAUGAGCGGAUACUACAUGCACUAUCUCAACCGCCCGAACGAAGCGCAUUCCCUAAUGGGUGGUACGCUUCGUAUGGCUACCGCGCUAGGUUUACAUCGUGAGUACUCGGAACGCAGUGACGCAAGCAGGCAGUUCAUGGCACCGGGUGAAGAGGAUUCUAUUUCCCCGGAGAUGAGAAGACGCAUCUGGUGGAGUUUGUUUUGCCUGGAUUCUUGGGCUUCUACUACGACGGGUCGACCUUCGUUGGGCAGAAUGGGGCCUUCCAUCACUGUCUUGAGGCCUGGAACGGCCGCAAACACUUCCCAGGCAAUACCACCACCCAACAGCCCUCAGUACAUCGAGCAACUCAAGAUCCUGCCUCUAGUGCACGCUUCGGCAUUUUGUCAGAUCGCUACUAGGAUACAGGAUCGGCUCGUCGAGUCUCCUCUGCUUUCCUCCUCAGAAACCGCUAGCUACGACGCACAGAUUGUGAAGUGGCAUGAGGAACUACCAUCGAUUCUCUCCAACCCUGACGAGCCGUGUCCAGAGUUUCUUCGGCGAACCAGACUGGUUAUGAAGUGGCGCUUCCAGAACAUUCGUAUCAUCCUCCAUCGUCCAAUCCUGCUUACUGCAGCACUACGGCGCUCUCCUUGGGUCGCCCUCAGCGCGGACGAGAAGCUCGCAGUGGGCAAAUGUCGACUCAUCGCAUCGAAGACAAUCGAAGAAAUCAGCCACGAAUGCAUGCCCGAUCUCAUCUCAGGUUGGAACGCAGUAUGGUUUUGCUUCCAAGCCUGCAUGGUACCUCUGGUUUCAUUGUUCAGCGAUACCAGCAUACCGGAAGAGGUUGAGAAGUGGAAAGCCAGUGUCGAAACAGCACUCACGUUUUUUGAAACAGUCAAGGACUGGAGUAUUGCAGCUAAACGAAGUGGCGAUGCAGUCACCCGCCUCUACGCCGCAUACAAGACGAAUGUAUCGACACUAUCCCAUCAGAGUCAGACCGCUAUGCCACACAUUCCCCAUCCCCAGCAAUAUCGACAACAGCAACCUCACCCGCAUGCCCACACUCACUUCCCUGUCCCGGGCACGUCGGCCGCGCCGACGAUGCUCAACACCCACCCAGUCGCUUACGGACAACAUCAUCCCUCCGCAUUCGGACAUUACAACCCAGCAACACCUACCUGGGCCAACGCCGGGAACGAUCCGACGAUCUUGAACAACUUUUGGGAUGAUAUGAUGUGGGAUACCAAUUUACCGGAUAUGCUAGAGACGCCGUUUGGGCUUGGUGGGGACUAUGAGUUUGCAAGUGCGGCACAGGACUCUGGGGCGCAGGGGGCCUGUUGGAUGCAUGGAAACUAAAGAGACCAUCAGGGAGCGUUACAUUAACACUCCUGUCGAUCGUUUCAGUAUUCAAUGUUUGCCCAAGUCUGGACAGCACAUACCGCAUAGGCAGCAUUCGAGACUAUACCCUAGCGUAGGAACGCAGGUCCGCGUGUGCGCAGCACAUAUGCGCUGUCAGUCUUGAUGAAGAUGCGCCAAGAAGACUUUGUGCGACUGACGAUGCCGGAGCCGACCGGAC